UAAGGCGUGUGAACAAUUCGCACAAGUGCCCGGAACCGACAGAAACCAGGAAAACGAACCUGGGGAAGAUUCGCCAACGUUCUAGAACAAAUCGCAUUGGUUUUCGUUGGGCAGAGAAGGAGAGCAAGUGUAUGACAAAUAGCGCAACCCAGAGCAAGUGACAGAGCUUUCUUACGCACUUUGCACGACACGUUUCCUACGCAGAAAGUAAGCACCAAAAGCUGUCAGCAUGUCAUCACAACAGGAGCAACCACAGCAGCCUACUGUGCGACACAUUCCGAUUUUCGUUGAAGGACGAUCGGAACCGCUAGUAAAUAAAGCACCAGAAUCGCAACCGUCGCAGUCAUCGCAUCCUUCCCAGCCACCGAGCGGCAUGGAGAAUCCUAACAUGGAGUUCCCGAAAGCAAACGAGAAUGACCUAUUCGAUCGUCACUUUAAGCGCGGUGACAACUUCAAAAGUAUUUUUGACCAAGCGCGCGACAUCCCGGUGCGGUCCUUCGUGAGCUCUACCUUCAUGCCGAUGUCGAGUGGUUUCAAGCGGGAACCGUCACCGGGUGCCAGUCGAACAUCGCCUUUUUCCGAUGCAGCCAGCUAUAAGCGAUCGGACACAGACCCGCAGAGUGCUCAUAUGCCCCGCGGAUCGUCGAUGCCGAGGCAAACACCGUCACCUCCGAAUGCGAGCCAAACGCAACCUAAGCAGCCUCAGCAGGCGGCUCCCCAGCAGCAGCAACAGCAACCUCAACAGGAGCACGUGGAAGCGCAAGCGGUGGGGCAAGAUCACCCGGACUGCCGUCCAAAGAUGCCGCUCAAGGACGAUCCGAUAAUGAAGAUUCAGAAGAUACAGAAAGACGUCCUUGCCAUUUUCGAUCAGGUGGAGCUGUUCAAGGGCGGAAAGGAUGGCAAGAAAGACAAAACGUACAUGUACUUGGACGAGAUGUUGACGCAAAACCUGUUGAAGCUGGACUCGAUUGAUGCCGAAGAUCAGCCACAAAUUAAGUCCGCACGGAAGGAGGCGAUCAAAAGCAUAAACACCUGCAUUGCGGUGCUGGAGGCGAAGGCGGAGGCCGGUGCUAGUGGGAGUACCAACGCCAGUUCCAGCUCGAUAGGUAAAACGAGCAGUACCAACGGUAUGGAGCCAAACGGCAUCGUGGGGGAUGGGAAAUCUGCCUCGAACACGUCAAUUUCCCGUACGUCAUCUAACUCUAGUCAUCAGCAGCAACCUAAUUUAGAAUCGAAUCAAUAAUGGAACGAAAAGUGUCCCGAUACUCGUUUCCUACCAGUGCGCGACUGCCGGUGCUCUGUGCAGCUGAAAAUGGUGAGAGAUUGUCUAUGUUA